AUGAUUACGAUUAGUACAGCUGGUGUUCCACCGCAUAUCGAUGCAAACGGUGAUGGAAUUGGGAAUUAUAAUAUUUAUCAAUUAAAUGAUGUGGGACACUAUCAAAAUGUUGGCAAAUGGACUGCUGGGAAGAAACUCGAUCUAAAUGUCCGUCGUGUCAGAAAAGGUCUGAAAAGAUGGGAUGGUUUACUGCCGUUAUCAGUAUGCAGUACAGACUGUCCACGAGGAUAUUAUCGUGCUUAUCAGGACCAGAACUGUUGUUGGACUUGCAUACCAUGCGAUGUGUCGACAUCUGUUAUCAUCAAUGAAACAAGCUGUGUCCAGUGUCCAUUAGGUUACGCACCUAAUGAAGACUUGGUUGCAUGCAAUCUAAUAUCGCCGACAACAUUGGAAUAUAAUAGCCCAUGGGUAGUCUUACCGGCUAUAUGUUCUACACUUGGUAUAGCGGCAACACUUUUCGUUAUUGCAGUAUUUGUUCGAUAUAGUAAUACACCUGUUAUAAUGGCAUCUGGCCGUGAACUAUGCUACUUUAUGUUGGGUGGAAUUUUAUUAUGCUAUUUAGUAACUUUCGUCCUUGUAUCUAAGCCGAAUGUGGCAAUAUGUGCAGCAUCACGGAUCCUUAUUGGCUUAUCAAUGUCUGCUAUUUAUGCUGCCAUUUUAACCAAAACAAAUCUUCUGGCCAGAAUAUUUUUGAUGCAAAGUGUAGGACGCCUUGACUGCAUUGUUCCCAGUGCACAGAUAGCAAUAUGUUUUGGCAUUGUAUCGAUACAGUUAAUCGGUUCUUUAGUGUGGUUGGUUAUUGACCCACCGGGUACAGAUGUCUUAUUUCCAUCACGGAAGGAAACGAUUUUAACCUGUAAAGCCAGAGCUUCUCAUUUGUUGAUCUCAUUACUAUACAAUAUGUUUUUGAUCAUCGCUUGUACAUUGUAUGCCUUCAAAACACGGAAAAUUCCAGAAAAUUUUAACGAAACACGAUUAAUUGGCUUCACAAUGUACAGUACAAGCAUUCUGUGGCUUUCUUUUGGACCAAUUUACUUUGCGACGCAGAAUAAUUUCAAGAGUAUGUUUCAAUCGACAAGCUCAAGCAUUUGCAAAAAUCCACCGGGUCGUGAGGUGAAAUUUUCUUGGAAAGGCGAUUCGUCGUGCCAGGCCGUCUUGUGUGUCACACCAUCUGAAACAUUGGCGUUGGUUUUAUCCCAUGAUGUUGUCGUCGAAAUAACUCUGCACAAACAUAUCCGUAUUUGUCAUAUCGGUGGAGUUGCGGCGACUAUUUGUAACGGUGGACGAGUCGCUGCUGUGCAUCAUCCAUCUAUUGAAAUUCUCCAGCAAGAGACACAGGUGUUGUUCAAUAUGGUGCAAGGCCCACGGGUUCGAGCUACCAGUGACACCGUCCAUGUACUUGGCGUGGAGGGAACUGACCCAUCGACGCAAGUGUAUUCUAUAACGAAGCACGAAGUGGUAGCCCAUGAAAAUUUGUGUGUGGCAACAGAUAAAUUUUGUUUACGUCGAGAUAUCGAUGGAACGGUUGCGUUAUUUCUGGACGAUGUGGGUAGUGGUGAUGUGCCUGGCGUCUACGAUGAUAGACAUGAACGAUGCAUGCUAGCAGCCCGUCAGGCAGUUGUAGAUCAAAAGGAUGAUCAGCUGACUGCGAUCGUCCAAGGGGUUAAGGUGAAACAUAAUAUGGACAGUGGUGAUACGAGAAUUUAUUGUGGGCGCAAUUUUAUCUCACUAUGUGUAGCCACGCAUGCAUUGACGUUACAUUCCCCGUGGGUUGACAUUAAUGUUGAUCGCUGUUCAUGCACGCGUUUACGUCGAGGUGAACAAAUUAUUGAAACGGAUAAAAAUCGCUUGCAAAUCAGUCAAAACAAUAUGCAUGCGGAUUUCCCAAUUCUUGAAUCCGCUGACGAUUCCUCGUCGUUAAAUGAACCGAAAAACGGCGAUAUCUAA